AUGUGCUCCUUCAGCAAGGAUAUAUAUACCCUAGUCCAUGGCUGCAUCUUCACACUGAUGAUCAAGGCACGAACGCUGCUGUUGUUUUUCAUCCUUCAAGUCGUCUGCUAUGUCAGCGGCGAAGCUAACUUCAAUCCACUUCAACACUCUGGACCAGCUUCACCAUACUUUGAUGCGCCUUCUCAGGAUGGUAUUCCUACUGAGACGCCACCUGAAUGUCGUGUCGAUCAGGCAGCUUACAUAGUACGACACGGCUCCCGAUAUCCUGAGCCUGGGUCGUUCCAAGGCUGGGCGAACCUAUUCAACAAGUUUCAGAACGCCUCGUACACGGCAAGAGGUCCACUGGCGUUCAUACCAUCGUGGGUUCCACCUGUAGACGAUGCACCCCAUGAGCCUCUAUUCUUGACUUCUACAGGAGCGGGAGAGGCAUUUGCUCUGGGUGUCGAUUUGCGUAAGCGCUACGGAUUCACCAAGGGUGGUAUGAACCUUACUAUCUGGUCUGCGUCCCAACAGAGAGUGUUAGACACAGGGUCGUACUUCCUCCGCGGCUACCUCUCGCAAGGCUCCUAUGCUGCAGACCCAUCUCUAAACCGGGGGUUCACCGUAUCUCUGCCCGACUCGGUAAAUAACACAUUCGCAGAUUCUCUCACCCCGUCCAUUUCUUGCCCCCCAUAUGCCUCAGGAGACAGGGGCUCGACAACGGCCAGCCAAUUUCGCGCAACAUACCUGCCUAAUAUCGCUACGCGUUUGAACCAGCAAUUUCUAGAUGGCCUAGCUCUUGAGCCGACGGACAUCGGCACUAUGCAAGAUCUUUGUGGGUUUAGUGCUGAAAUCAAUGGCGACACACGUUUUUGUGAUAUCUUCGAGCAGUCAGAAUGGUUAGACUAUGAAUACGCCCACGACCUCAAUUAUUACUACGGCUCCGGACCAGGCAACCCAUUCUCAGCGACGGUGGGUUUCCCGUGGCUCAAAGCUAUUACGGACAUCUUUGUCGCAGGGCCGGGUGAGAGCCCACCGGGCUCAUCUGUAACGCCUGCGCAACUCAUUAUGGGAUUCACGCACGACAACAACCUCCCGCCCAUAAUAUCCGCGCUAGGCGUCUGGAAUACAUCUAAACCUCGCGAGGCACCGAUCUACCCGCUUUCGCCUACGGCCCCGAAUCCAGAGCGUAUGUUUCGCUCAUCUUUUCUCGUCGCUUUCAGAGGAUAUGCGGCGCUUGAAAGAUUGGAGUGCGAUAAUACAAGUCUUGCCAAGGAAGUCGACAACGCUCCUGUACCUAUUCCAGGAUGCACCGAUGGUCCUGGCGCAACGUGUUCUUUGAGCGCUUUUGUGAAGCAUGUGGACAGGCGAGGGCGGGUCGCUGGUGACUUCGUGGAUAGAUGUGGUCUGGCAGGUGUACCUGGGGCGACCAGCCAACUGCAAUUUUUGACAAAUCGGCCUGACCCAGCAUCUGUGAUAUCGCUACCACAAUAG